UCCUGGAAGAUACUUCUUUUGGUGCCAUCAACGUGCUGUGCACUGGCUUCCUGCUCAUGUGGUGCAGCUCUACUAACAGCAUAGCUUUAACUGCUUAUACUUACCUCACCAUUUUUGAUCUCUUUAGUUUAAUUACAUGUCUAAUAAGCUACUGGGUGAUGAUGAGGAGACCUAGCGCUGCCUAUUCGUUCGGGUUUGAAAGACUAGAAGUCCUGGCUGUAUUUGCUUCUACUGUCUUGGCACAAUUGGGAGCCCUCUUUAUACUAAAAGAAAGUGCAGAACGCUUUUUGGAGCAGCCCGAGAUACACACGGGAAGAUUAUUAGUGGGUACUUUUGUGGCCCUUUCUUUCAACCUGUUCACGAUGCUUUCUAUUCGGAAUAAGCCUUUUGCUUACGUCUCUGAAGCUGCUAGUACAAGCUGGCUUCAAGAGCAUGUGGCAGACCUUAGUCGCAGCUUGUGCGGCAUUAUCCCAGGACUCAGCAGUAUCUUCUUGCCCCGCAUGAACCCGUUUGUUCUGAUCGAUCUUGCUGGGGCACUUGCUCUGUGUAUAACAUACAUGCUGAUUGAAAUUAAUAAUUACUUUGCUGUAGACACUGCGUCAGCGAUCGCCAUUGCCCUGAUGACAUUUGGCACCAUGUAUCCCAUGAGUGUGUACAGUGGGAAGGUGCUUCUCCAGACAACACCACCUCAUGUUAUUGGUCAGUUGGAUAAACUGAUUAGAGAGGUGUCUACCUUGGAUGGGGUGUUAGAAGUCCGAAAUGAACACUUUUGGACCCUUGGAUUUGGCUCCUUGGCUGGAUCAGUGCAUGUAAGAAUUCGACGAGAUGCAAACGAACAAAUGGUCCUUGCUCAUGUGACCAACAGGCUGUGCACGCUGGUGUCCACUCUGACUGUUCAGAUCUUCAAGGAUGACUGGAUUAGGCCUGCCCUGUCAUCUGGGCCUGUUGCACCCAAUGUGCUAAACUUCUCAGACCACCACAUAAUCCCAAUGCCUCUUUUAAAGAACAAUGAUGAGAGGACCCCUGUCACAUCCACACCAGCCAAGCCCAGCAGCCCACCUCCGGAGUUUGCAUUCAAUACGCCCGGGAAGAACGUGAGCCCAGUCAUUCUCCUGAACACACAGACAAGGCCGUACGGUUUGGGUCUUAACCGUGGACACACACCAUACAGCAGUGUGUUCAGCCAAGGACUUGCGUUUCCAGGAGUUGGAGCAGGCCAGGGAUUGAGGCCCACCUUCCCACAUAUACCAAGCAGGUACGGAAUCAACAGGAUGGGACAGCCAAGACCCUGAUGGACUCUAACGUACUGUUAUGGGAGUGUCGACUCCUUGCCUUCCAGUGUAUUUAGUCAUCCAUUUGCAUUGACUGUUCAACCACUUAUGUGUCAGAUUAUUCCAAGCUUGUUCAUAUUUCAUAAAACCUAUAAACUAUAUUUUUGUAAAACGUUCUUGUGGCAGUGAGGUCUUUGAAACGUCAUGGGUGUGUGUCAGGUAGGUCUCCUUCAAGAAGUCUGAAUGCCAGCUGCUUUGUAACCGCCAACGCUGUGACACUCUGGCCAUGCGGUGGGUAGAUCUGUAUCUUACUACAAACUCAUAAUUCCUUCAGUAGAAUUUAUAAACAUGCUUCAUGUAUGGUGCCCAUCUAAGGAAAUGAAAACGUUAGUGUCCAUUUGAAAAGUAAAAUCUCUUUUAUAGCUUUUUUAAGCUUAAUUACUGCAUUUUUUUGAGGUCCUCCCGAAUCAUUUGUUAAAUAAAAAGUAAAAGUUUCUAUUGGAA